AUGGAUGGUGGUGAUAUUCCGCCUAACCAAACCCUCUACGUAAAUAAUUUGGAAGAUAAGAUUAACGUCAAUGACCUAAAAUUUUUAUUAUAUGAAUUUUUUUGUCCUUAUGGAAAUAUUAUAGAUAUUAAUAUAAAGAAAAACUAUAAAGGUAGAGGUCAAGCUUUUAUUGUUUUUAAUAAUAUAGCUUCUUCUACCUUAGCAUAUAAAAAUCUCAAAGGGAAAUUAUUUCUCAACAAAAAUAUAAAUAUUAAUUAUGCCAAAACAAAAUCAAGAAUUAUUCAAAAACUAGAUGGUACAUAUAAUCCUCUAUUAAAUUUUAAUAAAUCAAAACAUAAUAUACAAUAUAAAUCAAAUGAAUUCUAUACUUUAUUAGUUCAAAAUCUACCACAAGAAAUUAAUAAAAAUGCUUUAGAAAUUCUUUUUAAUCAAUAUCCAGGAUUUUAUGAAGUCAGAUAUAUACCUGCAAAAAAUCUUGCAUUUGUUGAUUUUACAACACAACAACAUGCAGAAAUUUCCAUGACAGGAUUACAAAAUUUUAAAUUAACUCCACACCAUCCGAUGAAAAUAUCAUGGGGCUCAUAA